AUGCUACAGAGAGAUGCUAUGAGGUUGGUUUUAUCAGUUGUUAUCAUCACCUUAUUCGAAGUUUCUUAUGCCCAGUUAUGGCCAUACCAAAUAUUGCCACCGUUUCCCGUACUUGAGGGAUGUCGUGAAGUUCUUCUGUUACUUGGCGUAAACAGAGGCAAAGAAGGAUUGAGUACUGCGACGCACCUGACUGCGUAUGCAUCAGCAGCAGCAGCAGCAACACCAAAAACAACAACAACUUCAUCAACUGAAACUUUGUUUCCUGAAUUUGAAACUUGGCUUGAAACACAACAGAAUGCCCUGUUUCAUGCAAUUUUACAAAACAUCAACCCAGAAGGAGUCAUUGUUGCCUCCCCGUCACAAAAAGAACCCAAUUACUACUACCAGUGGAUCCGAGAUUCGGCAAUCACGGUGCGUACCUUAAUUUCAUUCCUUGAAGACGAGCAUAUAAACAAAGUAUCAGCGUCCCAUUUGCAUUCGCAAGUGAUCAACUUGAUUGAGCUGUACGUUAUAAACAAUUACCAAUUACAAAGAACACCAAACAAACUGGGAGGAUUCAAUGACUUGUUGGGGUUGGCGGAACCCAAAUUCAAUGUGGACAUGACUGCAUUCAAUGAACCUUGGGGGAGACCACAACGUGAUGGACCUGGACUUCGUGCUGCGACAAUAAUUCAGUUCCUUGACUACUUGAACCAAACUGGCAACCUAGUCAACCACCCUGAAUUGCAAAACUCAGCGUACAUUUACCAAGAGAUCGUCAAGCCGGAUUUGCGGUACAUUUGCCAGUUUUGGAAUGAGACUGGAUUCGAUUUAUGGGAGGAGGUCGAUUCGAUUCAUUUCUUCACGUCCAUGGUUCAAUUGAAAGCUUUACAAAUGGGAAUUAAAUGGUCGAGAUAUUUCAAUGACGAGAAUGGUGAAUUUGCAACACAGUUGCGUGAUUCAUUUAAUGCUUUGAAGCAACACAUACAGAAGGAUUUUGGAUUUGUUACAUCUGCGCUGAAUCAUGUAAUUGAAAGCCCACAUUUGUUGGAGUCUGGCGAAAGAUUGGGAUUGGACAUAGCUACGAUCUUGGCUGUGAUCUACACGCACGAGAAUGACGAAAAGGAGCAGCGCACUGAAAGCUCUGCAUCAGAAACAAUCCCAUUUAAUGUACUCAACUCAUAUGUGCUCAGUUCACUUAGCGGAUUAAUUAUCGAUAUGCGAGAUCGAUAUCCGAUAAACAACAAUCGUUUUGAUGGUGUUGCAUUGGGUAGAUACCCCGAAGAUAUUUACAAUGGAGUUGGCACAUCUGAAGGAAACCCGUGGUUCAUUGCAACUUCCACCGCGAGUGAAUUCAUCUACCAAUUUAUCUAUAAUCUUCAGCAUCAAAAAUUAAACUUGGUAAUUGAUGAUACCAACCGACAAUUCUUUUUGCCGUUGAUAAAUGUUACUGGCAACAAGUACAUCCUUGAGUAUAACUCCUCCGAGUACAACUUGUUGAUUGAGAAAUUAUUGAAAUAUGCAGAUUCAUUUCUUGAUGUUGUACGCACUCAUACUGAUUCUCAAGGUCGGAUGUCGGAACAAUUCAACAAAAAUACGGGAUAUAUGCAAGGAGCAAAAGAAUUGACUUGGAGCUAUAGUGCGGUAUGGAAUGCAAUCCGUUGGAGAAGAAGAGCUUUUUUUGCUAUAUAG